GAUGCUGGGAGUAAGGAGAUGGAUGCUCACGUCUUGCUACCCUUUCUGCUGCUGCCUGUCUCCCUGCUGCUGGCCGAGAGCGGCUCUGAUGACACGGACGACGAGCCUGAUCCUCCACAGUUGCUCUGCUUCGUCACCUUCCAGGAGCGGGGACAGGCUGAAUGGAUGAACUGCCGACUAUCUGAGCCCCCCGACCCGGGGGAGAAUCUCACCCUCAUCGUCAGUGAGAAGAACAUAAUGGAGAGAUGCCUGAUCCUGGGCCCGGCUCUCAGCUGCAGAGUCCCCAUCAAACGCUUCUCCCUGAUCAACACCUGCUGCAUCCAUGCUCUCCGGCCCGGCUCCCACUCCCACGGACCCUGUCACCUCAAACAGAGGAUCACACACAUGGUGAAGCCGGACGCUCCCUUUAACCUGAGCGUCACUGCCCUGAGGGAAGCUGAGGAGAUGGAGGUCAGGUGGGAUGUUCCGAGGGUUCGCUUUACUCAGCUCUUCAACAAUCUCUUACACCAGCUGGUGUACUGGAGCACAGAGUUGGAUCGGCAGGACCUGAAUGUUACGGUGUGCUCUCUGAGGCUCUUGAUGAGGAAUCUGGUGGCCAGCUCCCAAUACACUGUCCAGAUCCGAUCCUGUCCCAACCAGAAGUACUUCAAGGGAGAGUGGAGUGAGUGGAGUAAGCCCGUGACGUUUACCGUCCCAUCUAUCAACCAGCUGAACAGUACGGGUGUGAAGGUAACUCUCUCCAUGUUGCUCCUGCUGCUGCUGUUCCUCGUGGGCCUACUGGUACUAUUGUGGGAGAACAGGAUCAAGCCUUAUAUUUGGCCUCAGAUUCCCAACCCUAAGAAAGCUCAAAAACAGUUGUACACCAGCUCCAACAAGGCGGCAGAGGUGAGCUUUGACCCCGGCCACUUCCUGGAGGUGACGGAGAACAGGGUGGACAUGAUGGCAGUGAAGGGGGUGUGGCCCUGGCACUGCUACCCCUACCCAGAUCUGCCCACGGAGACGGCUGGAGAUGGCAGCCCCGACCCGGAGAGGAAACUGCUGAUGCAGACUGCUGUGGAAUCAGUGGAUGGGCCGGAUAGCACCUCAGACCAGGGCCAGCAGGACACCACAGGCCCCCAGGACGAGUGGGCCCAGCCUUCGGAACCGACGAGCUGCUUCUUGCCCUUCCCUGUGACCCAGGAUCCCUCCCCGUGUGUACCAGAUCACAGGAGACCUGCCGAGGCCCAGGCUGGGGGCCUGAACUGUCCCCUCACCCAGGUUCCUGCUCCCCCCUCUGACGAGUCAUACAUCACCAUGUCAAACCUGUAUAAGACACAGUGAGGGUGAGGGGCGCAGGGUCCAUGCAGUCUGAUCCCACAGACAGCUCACUCCCCAACACUCACAAAAUGCUGGAGAAACUUAGCACAUCAGGCAGCAUCUAUGCAGAGAGAUAAACUGUUAACAUUUUGGGGUGAAACCCUUCUUCUCCGGAUUUCCAAUAUCUGCAGAGUCUCGUCUUUAUCACUCCCCAGAGUCAGCUGCAUGUGUGCAUUUCAGAGGGUGGUAUCCAUUGCCCCCACAUCUUCCUGGCCCAAUACCCUGGGGUCCAGCGGCCCGGAAACUGCCCGAAGCAUCUGACCACACCCCUUCCCACCAACACUGUAGCAGAGACCUGACCACAGGAUCCUCACUGAGCUGCUAGCCAGAGGAGAUAUACCCAUACCCAUCCUCCAGUGAAGCCCCCACUCCCUGAUCAUCCCUACACCCUGUGUAGCCCAAUCACCGGGACCCCGAAUCUCACCCACUGAGCAGUGGUCCAGCCAAUGAGUUUCAGAAUAGCUUCCGCCCACUCUCCUUAACCUCCUCUUUCUGUAACCACUUUCCCACCUCCCCCCUCUCCGUAACCACCUCUGCCCCUCAGUACCUCUUCCCCAAUCACCCUUUCCAUACACCCUCCUCACCCUAACCACCCAUUGUACACCCUCUGCAACCCCUCCUUCUCUUACCUCAUCCCCUCCCCUCCCUCUUUCUCUGCACCCCCUCUCCGUUCCCUCCCUCUCUGCAUCCCUACACCCACUUUUUCUGCUCCCCAACACCCUCCAUUUGUCUACCUGUUCCCCCUCCCUCUACCUCUCCUACCAGCCUUCUAUUCUCCACGCUCUUCCUCUUUGUCCCUACCCUCACCCUUUCCCCUCCCCCUCACACUCCCCACCCUGUCCUUCUCCCUCUCCCUGCCCCGUCCCUCUCCCUACCCUGUCCCUCCCUCUCCCCACCGUCCUUCCCUCUCCCCACUUUGUCCUUCUCUCUCCCUCUCUCGUCCCCUCGUUCGUGGCGUUUGCGUGAUGUUCAGCACCAAUACUCGACCUGUGUUCUGUCAGUAAGCAAUAAAGACCUUCCACACCAGGCCAGUUGUACUUUGUUCUGUUGGACGUUGGUGUUCCAAAGCCACCCGUGUACUGCCAACCCCGUGGAGCAGGUGGGGACUCUGCAACCUCGGUCUAAGGGUGGACUGCAGACAGGAUCUAGGGCUGGACCGAUCACGGCAAGAG